AUGUUGAAUAUAUUUUUGGAAGUAAUUUUCGAGCAUCGUGUGUUAAGUGCCACCGGUUGCGCGUUUUUCGUAUCGUACUGGAUGUCCUAUUUUAUUCCAGUUGAAACCGCAGAUUCUUCUUCUGGAGAUGUUGUCGAAGACUGGGAGAAUGACGAAGCUGGGGAGAGUAUGGAAAAGCAGCUUACAGAGCGCUUUAAACAGAGAUGUAAGUUAGUUGUUAUGGAGUUGUUCCUUGCUUACCUCAGCUUUGUAACAAACUUCAUCGGUAAGAUUGGUGCUUUUGUUGUUAAGAUCCGAAUUUUACAAAGAGCUCAGGCGGAUAAGGAAGCUCGUAAAGAAAGAGCCGCUCGAUGUCAAGAGGAGGCUAGAUUGAACGCAUGUUUCUUAUCGACAUCGUCCAUAACCCCUACUGGACCAGGAGGCGCUCCACCUGCUCCGGUUAGAAUCUUGAGACGUCCAGAAAGUAGUGACAAAAUUAGGGAAGAGAAGUUCCAAGCACAACUUGCGAAGGCUGAAGAGGCUGCUCGAAAUCAGCUGACUCCUGAGCAAAAGGAGGCAUUGUAUGUAAAAGCGCGCGAUCGUAUCAUGGGACCCGAGUACAAACCUGAUAAUUCGCAGAAUGCACAAAACGUGGCGAUUGUUAGUAGGUGCAAGUCACCGGAGCAGAUUCGAGUUCCUCGCUUCACUGAUCUCCCACUAGCAGGAGCUAUAAGCGCUACUUCACAUGACGUCAAUAUUGGCAGCACUAUCAUGAUGGCAUCAAUGGGCAGUGUGGCCGGUGUAGCUUCAGCCAGUACCGUAGGGACACCGAUCGCAGCUGCACAGCAGUCAACUCAGCAAACUCCCACAUCCCUUUUGACAAUGUCUUCUGCUCCUGUGGGAAUUCCGGUGCAACAGACAAACGCGAUCACGCAAGGUUUGAACCAGCAAGUGAUGGGUCAGCAACAAACGUGUCUGGUUUCGUCGCCACAGUCGUCAAAAACUAUAGGUGCAUAUCCGCAGUAUGUCAUAGCCCAGCCACAACAACAUAUACCGUUCUCUAUGACAGUGGGUGCAAAUCAGUCGAUGGUGCCAUUUAUUGACACUACACGUCCUCCACCUGCAGUGUCGUCCAUAACUGGGCAUGUGAAUCCUUCGCAAGUAGCAGCAGUUCCUCUUGCUCCAGUUGGUCGAGGGUAUUACAAUCCACCAAAUGUUAUUCCCAGUACGGGUCAUCAUCAGUUACGUCAUAAUAUACCUCAACAGCAACAACAACAAGCCGGUUUACAAUAUGUAUCACCAGUGAUGUCGAUCUAUCCUCCAGGAAGUUUAACAGCCGCAAUGCGAGGAGAUCCUGGUGGUGUUUCUUCGGUAUUAGUAGUUGAAAUGUUUUUAUACGAUGAUAAGGAGUUGCGAGGAACACAAUAUGAGAAUGUCGAAGUUAGAAGCACCAGUGAAACAGUGGGUAUCCACUGUGGUUUUCGUUAA